GUCCCAACACCCCGGCACCCUCCCCCAUCCAAUCCUCCACCGGAAACCAGAAAUCACCGCCCCCUCCCCCAUCCAUCCUCCGCCGGAAACCAGAAACCACCGCCCCCUCCUCCGUCCAAACGCCGCGCCGGAAACCACCCACCACCUCCUCCUCCACCAAAAAUCACCCACCACCUCCCGCUCCUCCUCCUCCUCCCCCUCUCCGAUGGAGCAGGUUGGCGAGGAGCCACCGCCACCGGUGCGGGUGCGGGUGCCACGCCCUCCACCGUCGCGAGGCACCUGGCUGGAGUUCUUGCGCGCGGUAGCCAAUUCCAUGGGGAUGUCCCUCCGGUGCUUUGUGAUGCGGGUGUGGCGAGUUUCUGGUGUGGCGACCACCACAAACAAGAAGUCCAAGAACUCAGACAAGAAGAACGGUCGGAAGAAGAACAAGAAGAGGGGCAGGAAGAAGAACAAGAAGAAGAAGGCGGAGGCGGAGGAAGACAAAGUGCAGGAGGAGGAUGCGCCCGAGGAUGAGGAGGAUGCGCUCGAGGACGAGGAGGAGGCGGAGGAGGCGGAGGAGGAGGAGGCGGAGGAAGAGGAGGAGGAGGACGAGGACAAGAUCAGGGAAGAAGACGAGAAGCAGGCCAAGGAGGCGCUCGCCAGGCAGAAGAGGAAGGAGGAGGAGGACAAGAUUAGGGAAGAAGAGGAGAAGCAGCAGGCCAAGGAGGCGCUCGCCAGGCAGAAGAGGAAGGAGGAAGCGAUGAGGAAGAAGCAGCUCGCGGCCCAGGAGGUGGAGAGGCAAAGGAAGGAGGACGCCAGGAGGAGGACGCAAGAGGCCUUCGAGACGAGGGAGGAGGCCAUGGAGGAGGCCAAGCGGAGGAAGGAGGACAAGGCCGAGGCUUCCACUGCACGGCGUUCUGCUGCUACCGACCAGGAUCAGGAGCAUGUUCACGACAGCUACUGGAGUAAAAAUCGCUACAAGAGCAAGAAGCCCUGCCUAAGCUGUUACCUUGACCGCAGUGUCAAAAGGCCCCAGGAAAUCGGCAACGAUGAUACCGAGUUUCAGCACCACGCCAAGAUGUUUCACAAGGCCAAGGGAGUUCCAUUUGGAAAGUGCAGAAAGAAGGGCUGCGGUGUGAUAGGCAAGAUGACGGAUAUCGAGCUCCAUCAGCGCUAUUGUCAUGGCAUGGAUUGAGCAAAGAUGAGGCCACGUUGGCGUGCGCUUCUGUAGCUACUCUGUUUUAGUAUUUUUCCCAUGAGCAGUGCGUGUAGUGUGCUCUCAGGAGAACCGUGCUAGUAUGCUCUUUCGAAAAUUUGUAGGAAAAUCUCGUGAGUGGACUUUCGUAACAAGUGGAAUGGUUCCGGUGUCCAACUUAACACUGAUGUUUUCACUUGUUGAAUCCUUUACAUUCAGAAUGGAAGCGAAAGUGGCCAACUUAUCAGUUAGCACCUCCUUCUUCAGUUUGUGUCA